AUGCGCCGCCAUCCACUGCGAGCCACGCAGACCCUGCGCAACGGCAACCCAUCCGACGCCCUUAGCUUGAUACAAAGCUAUGACUCCGACUUGAACCCUUCACGUCCAGCCAAAUCCUCCUCCCUAGGCGUCUCCAUCGAUACCGGACUUCCUCUCGAGCUGCUCAACCGCCUUCGCGCAUUUCCUCUCUUCCAGAGCGCGCCCGAGUCAUUUCUGCUCUCCAUUGGGAAGAGCCUACGGCCCAGCAUAUACCAACCCGCGCAAGAAAUCAUCAGAGAGGGCGAGGAUGCAAAGGCCAUGUACUGGGUCGUUCGCGGCUCUGUCCGUGCAACGAGCAGAGAUGGGGAGAGCACGUAUGCGGAAUUGAAGCCCGGUUCAUUCUUCGGUGAAAUUGGCAUAUUGAUGGAUAUACCCAGAACAGCGAGCAUCGUGGCCAACAUUCGAAGUCUGGUCGUUCGUCUGAACAAGGAGGAUCUGCAAAGAGAACUGCCUUCAUACCCCGAAGUUGAGAGAGCCAUCAGGGACGAAGCGCUGGAAAGAUUGGCUAUCUUGGAACGCAAGAAGCAGGAAAGGAGUGUCAAUAACCAUGUCAGCGAGGCAGGGAGCAUGCGACCGCCAGCAGCACCGCGUAAACGAUCACGUGAUUGGUCGGCGGGCGACGUUGAGAUGGGUGAGGCCGGUUCGCUUGCAGACGGGGAGGUGAUGAGCAAUAAGAAGCGCAAAUCGCCAUCUCCAGGAAUCGCGGAAGUCGCGGCAUCGAGUGCACUCGGAGCCUCUUCUCUCACCAUCAGACAAGUGCUCAAAGAAUUGCCAUUGUUUGCAGGUCUCCCUUCGGACAUUUUACAUUUCCUAGGUGUCAACGCACAGCCUGUGACUUACCCUCCAUUUACGGAGAUUGUCAAGCAAGGGAGAAGCGGACGGGACGUUUACUUCAUCAUCAAAGGUGAUGUGGAAGUCUUGACCGAGGCACCAGACCAGAGUCCAAAGCGCGCUGGCAGCACGAACGGACACGUGCAGGGCCCAGAGCAACUUGUGCAAGCUCGAUUGACUGCGGGUCAAUAUUUUGGCGAAGUCACAAGCCUGAGUCUCGCGCCCAGGAGGACGGCAACGGUACGGAGUGUGACUUCGGUAGAAUGUCUGCUAAUCAGCGGAGAUGUGCUGGACGAUCUGUGGAGAAGAUGCAGUCCUGGCCUGAGGCAGCAGGUUGAAAGUGAAGCCAAGAGACGCAUGAAGGCGGCAAGGAAAGAUGAUGAUGUUGUCAUGGCCGACUCAGGUUCUGCGGGUGAUGUUCCUACGAGGGUUGACCACGACGAUGAAGGUGUCGAUGGCGAAGUGGACUGGCGAAAAGACCUACCAAUCGUCAAGUUCGACGACCCACUUCCUUUGCAAGAUAUGUCGACACAAAUGGAACCCAUCGACCCGGACCCGUUCUUCAACGAAGACUUKGAACACAUGCGUGCCAAAUCUCGGAGGUCCUCUCUCGCACCACCAGUACCCGGCACCGACGGUCAAUUGGGAGGCCUUUCAGAGAAUCGCACACCUAGUCCGCCCGCAGUACGCAUACAUCCUUCUUCGCCACUCAAGCCGCUGCCAUAUGGGAAAUCGCCGGCUUCUUCGGGGACAUCGCCCAACUCGCCACGCCGACCCAGUCCACCCCCUACACGGCGGCCAAGCAUGGACAGGAGACAGUCCAAACAUACACAGGGCCGACUUCCCGACCCUCUACUGAAAUCCGUCUUCAAACAUCUUGACCUGCUACAAUUGAUGAAAUGUCGUCAGAUAAGCGUUCACUGGCAGCACAUCAUCUCUACCUCACCCGACUUGGUGCAGGAACUGAAUCUGUCCAUGUACAACAAGUACGUCACAGAUGCUACACUCAGAGAUGUUAUUGUACCUUUUAUCGGCAGCAGACCCAAAGAGAUUGACAUGUCGAAUUGCUUUCAUGUCACAGACGAAGGCUUCCGCAGGCUGACCGAGGCGUGUGGGGAAACGGCCAGAGUCUGGAAGAUGAAGUCUGUGUGGGAUGUUACGGGAUCAGCGGUGCUUGGGCUUGUGGAAAAGGCCAAGGAGCUGGAGGAGAUUGACCUCAGUAACUGCAGGAAAGUGAGCGACACUCUUCUUGCUAGAGUGGUCGGAUGGGUUGUUCCAGAAAUGAAGCCAGGACAGCUGGCUUUCCAAGCCCCACCUCAGCAACCCAUGAACGGCAAGCGAAUACAUUCAAAACGGCAUCCAGGAGCUCUGUCACUUGCUGGACAAUACAACCAGCCUGCUCCACCACCCGGGACUGUCAUUGGGGCUCCCAAGCUCAAGCGACUGACGCUCUCAUACUGCAAGCAUGUCCAGGAUAGGAGCAUGGCGCAUAUCGCAGUCCACGCUGCGGAUCGCAUCGAAUCACUAGAUUUGACAAGAUGCACAAGCAUCUCCGAUGCUGGCUUCCAUUCCUGGGGUAUGUACGAGUUCAAGAACUUGCAGAAGCUUAUCCUCGCGGACUGCACAUACUUGAGCGAUCAGGCGAUUGUGGGCGUCGUAGGUGGCUGCCGAGGUCUCAGAGAAUUAGACCUCUCAUUCUGCUGCGCACUCUCCGACACAGCUACUGAAGUCCUGGCUCUUGGACUGCCCGCUUUACGGAAACUCGACAUGGCGUUCUGUGGCUCGGCAGUCAGUGAUAACAGCCUGCGCUGCAUCGGUCUACAUUUAUURGAGUUGCGUUAUCUAAGCGUCCGAGGUUGCGUGAGAGUCACGGGCCAUGGUGUGGAUAGCGUCGUCGAAGGCUGCCGAUAUCUCCAAGCACUUGAUGUCAGUCAGUGCAAGAAUCUUCGACCUUGGCUGGAUCGCGGGGGAAUCCAACGCGCCAAUGCCCCUUCUACAGGGAGGCGCAUCAAAUUCGAUGUCGUUGCGGAUGGAUCGUGGCGUGCUGCGGAUGGGAGAUGA